AUGCAAGAAUAUGGACGAUAUCUGAAUCUUUUUAGGGAUACGAAGCGAAUUCCACAAUUUGCUGUUCUCAAAAAAGAAAUGCCUUCACAUGAAAGAGCUCCAAUUCAAACUACUUCUUCUUAUACUUUUUUUAAAUCGACUUCUGAAGCAUCUAAAUUCAAUAUCGAGCAAGAAAUCAAAAUACCAAUAGAAGGAACAGACAAACAACCAAGUUUUGAGAAAGUUGAAGUAGCUAUUCAUCCAUGUAUUAAAUUACCAUUAUUAUAUUCCCAAGAAUCACCUGAAAAACCACCAAUUAUUUAUUACAGCAUUACAGAAAAAGGAACUCUCCAAUCACUUUUUAAUUAUUAUCAGGAUUUACACUCAAAUCAAUGUGCUCGCUUUUGUUGGGACUUCACAACAGUUCAAAACAACGAAGACUCAGUGAAAGAUACAUCCUUUUCAAUAUCAGUUGAACAAAAGUACAAAAUCUUGCUUGGAAUCGCAUCAGCCUGUUUACAACUCGAAAAAUACGACAAUUGCAUCAAAUGUUUACUUCCUUCUUCGAUUCUUCUCGACGAAGACUACAAACCACAUCUCAUUAAUACGUCAUUUCCUUUUAUUAAAUCAAAUGGAUUUCAAACUGACGAAAUCUUCAUUUCUCCAACGAUAAACAAAGAGAAACCAUGCGAAAGUCUUGCAUACUCCUUCGGCUACAUCGCCUAUUUCCUUCUAUCUGAGAAACAACCCUUUUAUUACGUAGAUUUCCAAAUUGCUCUCAGUAAAAUCUCGAUGGGCCAAGUUCCUAUGUUCCCAGGCUCUCUACCAUCGCCAUUAUUUACAUUACUCACGCAAUGCUGUGACAUUUCCCCUUUCUUUCGCCCUUCAUUUGAUUCAAUUAUUUGUGUUUUGUAUAACUUACUACAGACACCGACAUACAUCUCCUACGCCAACGAGGUAGUUCCCCCUUACAUCAUAGCUUCCGCCCACGGAGCGAAACUCGGCGAGAAUUCCCCAAUUUUCAAGAAAUUGAUGGAAACAACAGACGAAAACGCGGCCGAGAAUUUGUUCGAAUGCUCGCAGAUGGCGGCCGAAUUCCCUGUCAAUGAUAAUAUACUCUCCAUGGAGUUUAUGAGGGUGUCGGCGCGUACCGGAUACGUUCACGCGAGAAGGAGAUAUUUCUUGAUGUUGAUAAAUGGUUUCGCAGGAGAAAGUGACAAAAAUAAGGCUUUUAAAACGGUCAAAGAAUGGAAAGAGGAGAAUGACAUGGAAGCCGCUGUUCUCCUCGCCCAUUGCUUUGAGAAAGGUAUCGGUGGUGCCGUAAACCUCGAAAAAGCGAAUCAAACCAUCAAAAAAGCAAAAUCUUCAAAAUCAUUUAGCGCUACUUACGAAUUUGGAAGGUUUACUAUCGAUGGUAUCGGUGCUGAGAAGGAGACAAGCUCUGGAGAAGCCCUCCAGAAGGAAGCUUUCAAUGACCACCACUCAGAUGAUAUUUAUUCGUACUUAAACUUCUUGCUACAUUCACCAUUCAAGAACGAAAUGAAGAUUUACAACUUCCUCACCACGCAUCAGCUUACAAAGAACCAUCCGGACUUGGUUGACAUGUUAAUGAGAAUCAUGAUGACAACAACUAAGAGCGAUGGGUCUAUCCAUGCCAAUGAAACUAUCCAUGACUUGGCAGAGAAGGCAACUGUUGAAGGAAAAUACUUAAAUUACCUUCUAACAAUAAGAAAUCGAAAUUUAAGAUGCGAAAAAUUGGAAAGUGAACCAGAAAAGAUCGACGAAGCUGAAGUACCGCCAUCAGAACAAAGAAGGCGAAGGAUUAAUAAGAACAUUUUGGCGAAAAUCGUGUCAACAAGAAAAUUAAAUCAAAAUUCAAACAAAAAUCUUCAGAAAUCUGAAGAUCCAGUGAUACGAGCUAAAGCUAUACUAUGUUCUGAGAACCGUGACAUCGCUCUGGCUGAGAAUAUCCUUGAAGAUGCAGCUAAAAAUAAUAUUGAGGUGGAGAUACUUCUAAACCUUCUUAGACUAUCACUAGGACUCAUUCCAUACUCCCUAGCACUCGAAAAACUCCAUGCACUUGGAGAUAACCCAGAAGCAAAGAAUGCUUUGGCGUAUUACUACAUGUACAUAGAAAACAAGACAGUUAAUGAGAUAAUUGACCUGUUGGAGGAAGCUGCUGAUGCUGGAUCUAUAGUUGCCGGCUUUAAUUACGCUUGUAUCCUCAAAAAUUCGAAGAUUUGCUCGCCAGAAAAGAUUAUGAAAUCAAAUUUGUACGAAAAGAGAUUCUUCGAACAAUCUCCUCCUGCUUUCUUCGGAGUUUUCGAAUCUUUGUGA